UCAUUCCUCUUGUUAAACUCUAUCGGAAAAUGAGAGCCUUGCCGGGAGCUGUAAAAUGGGGAGAUGGAAGAAAGUCACGGAAAUCGUAAAUGUCUUUCUAACAAAGUCUCUAACUGCAAUCAUAAAGUUACCCCCACUUUCCUUGAAUUCAUCUCAGUUGGAUACAGCUUAAUUUAUCGAGUUUUCAUUCGCGAUACUCCUGGCAACCUGCUUUCUGUGUACAAUAUGGCAUUCCAGCUGCAUUAAUACAAUUUUCUGCAACUACGAUGGGACGCGAAUGAACAUCCCCUCCAAGCGCUCUCACUAUCGAGAAUGUAGGAAUGGAAUAUUAGAGCAAAUCCCGUGCCCCCCUGGAUUCGUUUACUGCAAGGAACUAUUCUCUUGCCAAUUGGAGUGCGAAGGAGACGACAUAGAUGUGGUCGAACUAGAUCCAAAACCUGUUUUGUACGAGUAUUGCUGGGGAGAUGACGAUUUGACCAUCCAUCCCUUAGUGGAUAGCUGCAGUGGCUUCAUUAAAUGCAUUGAUCAGAGUCCCUUAAUUGGGUAUUGUGAGAACAAUUAUAGGUUUGAUUUUUUCACUGAAAGUUGUACUGACUCACUUUGUCCGGAUUUAUAUGAAUAAAUAGAUGCAAUCCAUAGUUA